UUCAUGCUCUUUGCAAAUGUUCCCUCUGAAUGUCCUGAAAAGAUACAUGUAAAACGUUCUUUAAUUUUAUCUUUGAUCUAGCAUGACUGCUAUCUUCCUGAUGUCCAUGCUUUUUGGCCUUGCAUGUGGCCAAGCAAUGUCAUUUUGUAUUCCAACUGAGUAUACUAUGCACGUCGAAAGAAAAGAGUGUGCUUAUUGCUUAACCGUCAACACCACCAUCUGUGCUGGAUAUUGUAUGACACGGGAUAUCAAUGGCAAGCUAUUUCUUCCCAAAUAUGCCCUGUCCCAGGAUGUUUGUACAUACAGAGACAUCAUAUAUAGGACCGUAGAAAUACCAGGAUGCCCACACCAUGUUGCUCCUUACUUUUCCUACCCUGUUGCUAUAAGCUGUAAGUGUGGCAAGUGUAAUACUGACUAUAGUGACUGUACACAUGAGGCCAUCAAGACAAACUACUGUACCAAACCUCAGAAGUCUUAUCUGGUAGGAUUUUCUGUUUAA